AUGAAGUGUCCACUGAGCCUUGAGCACCAGGAUGAGAAAAAACCAUGGGGCUAUUACAGACCAGGAGACCAUCUCAUUAGUAUGAUCACCACUGGAACAAAAAUAACACGCCCAAGAAUGUUGCCUUUCAACACGGCUCCUUAUUUGAUAAACAAGAACUCUCGACUGCUGCAAAAUCUCACACUUGGCUACAACAUCCGUGACAACUAUUUGAGCACCAUUGGCACUUCCGAUGCCUUGAUGGACAUGCUCUCUACAGGAGAAGCCAACGUUCCCAACUACAGCUGUGGAAGGAAGGAUAAACUUUUGGCUGUCCUUGAUGGAUCUGACAAUGACCUCUCCAUCCAGAUGUCAACAUUAAAAGAGAAGCAAGGAGGGCAAAGAGAUAUUGGUGGCUCCAAAACUGCAGCCAUGGCAGAUACUGAAAAGUGCAUCAAAUGUCCAGAUGAUCAAUAUCCAACAGAGAACAGGAUCCAAUGUAUCCCAAAAAGGAUAACCUUCCUGUCCUAUGAAGAACAUCUGGGUAUCAUCCUGGUCUCUUUCGCCCUACUCUUGUUCUUAACUACAGGAUUCAUUUUAAUCAUAUUCAUUAAAUACCUAGAAACUCCCAUUGUCAAAGCCAACAACCAGGACCUCUCCUUCAUCAUCCUGGUCUCCCUUCUGCUUUGCUUCUUGUCCUCCUUUUUCUUCAUUGGACAGCCAAGGAAAGCCACCUGUCUUCUCCGACAAACAAUGUUCAGCAUUGUCUUCUCAGUAGCUGUAUCUUCUGUGUUGUCCAAAACAAUCACAGUGGUGUUGGCUUUCCUGGCCACAAAGCCAGGGAAUAAAAUUAGAAGAUGGUUGGGGAAGAGCUUGGCCAACUCCAUCAUCCUUUCUUGUUCUGCUGUCCAAAUUAUCAUCUGCUGCAUUUGGCUAGCAGUUUCACCACCAUUCCCUGACUCUGACCUCCACUCGCAGCCUGGAGAGAUCAUCCUUCAAUGCAAUGAAGGCUCUGUCGUCAUGUUUUAUGUUGUCCUUGGCUAUAUGUGUUUCCUAGCUGCCAUUUGCUUUAUUGUAGCUUUCCUGGCCAGGAACCUCCCUGGAGCCUUCAAUGAAGCCAAGUUGAUCACCUUCAGCAUGCUGGUCUUCUGCAGUGUCUGGGUCUCCUUCCUGCCCACCUACCUGAGCACCAAAGGGAAAUACAUGGUAGCUGUUCAGAUCUUCUCCAUCUUGGCCUCCAGUGCUGGACUGCUGGGCUGCAUCUUCAUCCCCAAGUGCUACCUUAUCAUCCUGAGGCCAGACCUGAACACUAAGGAACAUCUGACGAUAAAAGUUGGGAAAUAA